CGUCACACUCGCUCACGAAACUCCAUCGAUCGUCUUCAUCGCAUCGCUUGCAGGUCGACAUUAUCGGCCGGCCGCCGAGAUGCAUGCACGGCGUCCACAACUGCUGGAGUCGCUGGCUCGGGAGUGGCGAGCCCGAGCCCAAUUGAAAGCAAAAGCGAAAGUGCAGCAGCGCCUUUGGAAUCAGGACGACGCAGCCAAUUCAUCCCCAACCUCGCCAACCUCAACCUCAACCUCAAACUCAGCCUCAACUUCAACCUCAACUUCAACCUCAGAGCCCAAAUCCCCACCGGCCUUUGCGAAUGCCGAAACCCCACCACCAUCACCAUCACCAUCACCACCCUCUCCUUCUCCUAGUAAAUCUGCCCCACCUUUUGCCCUUCCCGCUUUGGAGUUUCCUCGGGACCCGUCUUCUAUCCUCAAACGGCCAAACCCAUCGUCUAUCCUCAGACGGCCAAUAGCGGAUAUUUCACGUCGACCACCACCGCCGCCAACACCGCCACCACCACCGCCUGAAUUAAUAAUAAAAAAAGUGGCCUGGGGGGAGCCUCCGUCGGACCGCCGUCUCUCUCCUUACGACGGCGAGAAGCGUCUCUCUCCUUAUGACGACAAAGUUCUAAGGCAAUGGCUCGAGGCAAACGUCCCUCCGAAACCCAACUCUAUCAACCCCUUAGAUGACUUGCAAGUCCAAGUCCAAGUCCUAUAUGGCGGCCGAUCCGUCCUGGCCCUCAGCUCUGCCUCUCGCUCCCUGGUCGAGUCGGAUUUCUACCGCCUAGACGCCCAGGGAAGGCAUGUUGACGGCUGGGCCUUGAGCAUUUACAAAGUUGUUCAAACUCGGUCGCCCCUUACACACGAACCCAUGGGCGAGUAUUACGUCUUCUUCCACAACAGCUCUGCGGCCCUCGACUACCGCAAAGAUGUGCUGCAGCGCCACAACAUGGCUGCGGAAGAACAACGUACAGAACAUAGACCGCCAAAAGUCGCGCAAUACACCCUACUGCCGCAUUCUGCCCCCCCUAAACUCGAGCUCUACGCUUCCCAGUUCCUCCAGAAGAUGCUCCUCUCCAAAGGCAACAAGGACAAGGGCGAGAUAGCUCUCGCUGACAAGCACGCCCUUCUCCUAGAGCACCUCCGCAUGAAGAGCAAGCACGGCGACCAGAAGCGGGUCCUCGUGCACGUUGAAAGCGGCACUCUGACCACCCAAGUGCUACGCGCGGCCAUCGACGCCGACGGCGAGGCGCGCAAUCUUGCCUGGGAGCUGAUGCCGCCCGAGGGCGAGACAGACGUGGCGUCGAUCCAGCCCCUCGAGCACACGCGGCACGAGGCCAAGUUCAGCGUGCAGAACGAGUACACUGCCGAAGUCGAGGCCGCCGCCGCCGCAAGGGCGGCAAGGGCGGCGGCAGCAGUGGGCCAAGAAGCAGAUGCUAUCGUUACACAAAGACAAUUGCAGCAGGCCGACGACGGCACCAUAGUCGGGAACGCCUACACGCGCUUCCUGCUGUCGUUCAAGUCUUUGAGCGAGUCGAGGCGCUUCGCCAGGGACUGGCACAAGCGCGAGAUUCUCGACCGGAGGACAGAGAGGAUGGUGACCAUGAACGUCACGGCACUAUGGUAGCGGGAUGAGUGCGCACAUGUAGUCCGUUUAAGAUAGGCUAUCCCAAAACCGGCAACUACGAGGGUUGAAUCGAGUGCGCGCACGGCGCUGUGUCUUGCAAGCUAUAGUCAAGGGGUGGCAAGUACUUCUUGUAGGACCUGUAUUGCCUCCCUGGUGUCUUUUUGGUGUGGGAUGAAGUGUAUACCCGAAGGAAGAAAAUCGAGAUCUGAAUUAGAUAGAUUCGAAUUUCAAAUACAAAAUAGGAUCAAUAGCAAACUACAACCCCUUUUCUCACCAUUCCCACACAAGGUAACAAGCCGCCUUAACGCAUGACACGU